AUGAUAUAUUUUCCGAGAAGAUCACGUGCCUUGGUUUCCAACGUUGCACUGCACGACGACGAGCCGCUCUUGUACAACAGCAUCCGAAAUAUCCGGACCACAUAUACUCGAGUUUGGGCUCGCAUUCGGUGGCUUGAUACUACGCUCUCAAUUGCAACUAUUCACCGAGCACCGUUGAUUCCCUGGCUCUUAACAGAAAUUCGAGCUGAAGCUUACCAUUCCUCUGAGCUAGAGCCAAUGUCCUCAUACGUCUCGGAGCCUUCUUCGCCCAGCAUGUCUACGCGCCGACUAACCAAUCGUACGACCCAAGGCGGGCGUUACUCGGUUACUGCUCUGUUCAGCAUGGCUGCCGAACAGGACGUUGAAAUCGAGGACGACUUGGCACGAGGCAAGUCCUUGUCCAUUUUCUUGUUCUUUGUUGAUUGCCACUUUGCUCAUUACCAUGCCCCCCUACGCACUCCUUUUCGUUUGUUUGAUGCUUACGACCAAUUGUCCCGACUUGAUACAGCCCAAAAACGUCUGCGAGACCUCAAGGCCCGGAUUUCUUCCCAGUCUAAGAAGAAUUUCGUGUUGGAGCGGGAUGUCAGGUAUCUCGACUCCCGCAUCGCCUUGCUAAUCCAGAACCGCAUGGCCCUUGACGAGCAACACGAGGUGGAGCAACAUUUAGAAGAACAUGACCCGACAGAGGGCGCUUUUCCCGACGACCGUAAACUGACACAAUACUCCAAUUUGUUUUUCUUGCUGCAAUCCGAGCCUCGACACAUCGCUUCGUUGUGUCGGCUUGUCAGCUUGUCAGAAAUCGACACACUCCUUCAAACCGUCAUGUUUACAUUAUAUGGGAACCAAUACGAGAGCCGCGAAGAACAUUUGCUCUUGACCAUGUUCCAAUCUGUCCUAUCAGCCCAAUUCGAAACCGCCACUGAAUUUGGCUCCCUUCUCCGAGCUAAUACCCCUGUAUCACGAAUGAUGACCACGUAUACUCGAAGGGGUCCUGGCCAAAGUUAUCUCAAAGGAGUACUAGCUGAGCGUAUCAACAGCUUGAUUGAGCACAAGGAUCUAAACUUGGAGAUCAACCCACUCAAGGUCUACGAGCAAAUGAUCAACCAAAUCGAGGAGGACACCGGGACUCUUCCCGAGCAUCUUCCAAGAGGCGUUUCACCAGAUGCAGCAGCAGCUAAUCCUGAUGUACAGGCGAUCAUCGCACCCCGAUUGACCAUGCUUAUGGAGAUCGCGAACAGCUUCCUCAUGACCAUUAUCGAUAGCCUGGAGAUGGUUCCUUACGGGAUCAGGUGGAUUUGCAAGCAAAUCAAAAGUUUGACAAAGCGCAAGUAUCCCGAUUCGACCGACUAUGCCAUCUGUUCUUUGAUUGGGGCAUUUUUCUUCCUGCGAUUCAUUAACCCUGCCAUUGUUACGCCCCAGGCAUAUAUGCUUGUCGAAGGUGUCCCUGCAAAGCAUCCGCGAAGAACUCUCACUCUGAUCGCCAAGAUGUUACAAAACCUCGCUAAUAAGCCUUCGUACGCCAAGGAAGCGUACAUGAGCACAUUGAAUCCGUUUGUGGAGAAUAACAAGGCUCGAAUCAAUGUAUUUCUGAACAACCUGUGUGAAGUUGGAGAUUUCUAUGAAUCCCUCGAGCUGGACCAAUACAUGGCCCUUUCAAAGAAGGAUUUGCAGAUCAAUAUCACCCUGAAUGAGAUGUAUAAUACACACUCUCUAUUACAACAACACAUCGAAACCUUGGCUCCAAGCGACAAACACCACCUCCGGAUCCUUGCUGAGGAGCUUGGUACGGCACCCACCCAAGUUCCUCGGAAGGAAAAUCGCACAGUUGAGCUGCCAUUGUUCAGCCGCUGGGAGACUCCGAUCCAAGAUGUUGCUCAGGCUCUGAUGUCUGAGAACAACGUGACACAAAACGACAUCCUGUACAUGGAGGCCAAGUCGAUCUUUGUCCAUCUUCUUCGAUCAAUGCCUCAGGCGCAAGACAAGCGAUCGAUCAACCUGCCGGCCGUCGCCGAACGUGCUGCUACGACCAAGGACGCCACUCUGGUGCGCAAGGGAAUCAAGGUCAAGGAAAUGCUUCGCGAGCUCGAAGAGCUGCGGAUCGUGGACAAGAACGAUGACUACAAGCUUAUGCGUGAAGAAGUUGCUGCCGAACUUGUUCAUCUUGGCAAUAUGCGCGAGAAGGUACUUAUGGAAACCCGUUCGUUGGAUGCGGUUUACAAGACGAUCUGCGACCAUAAUAACUACUUGCGCUCUCAAUUAGAACAGUAUAAAGCGUACUUGCAGAACGUGCGGUUGACUAGUCAGAAGGAUCGUGGUACGACUGGCGUUGGCGUGGUUACGUUUGGCGGCAAAGAGCGCAGGCCGACCAAGGCAACCGUCUUGGGACCUUAUCGUUUCACGCAUGCGCAGCUCGAGAGGGAGAGCAUCAUCAUGGAAAGCAAUGUCCCCGAGAACCGCCGACCCAAUAUCUAUUUUAAUAUCUCCUCGCCCACGCCUGGUACUUUCAUUAUUGCACUGCAUUACAAAGGCCGGGACAAGGCCAUCCUUGAGAUGGAUUUAAAGAUUGAUGAUUUGCUGGAAAAGCAAAAAGACAACAAGCAUCUCCUGGAUCUCGAAUAUGUUCAACUUCAUGUCCCUAGGGUUCUUGCCCUGCUCAACAAAAUGUUUGCCAGGCGUUGA